AGGACAAUCAUUUGUCGUUCAACAAAUUCUCCUGAUUCCCAGGCUUCAGAAUUUUGUACAAGAGAAAAUGAGAAAUUUAAGCUUCUUCGAGAGAGCUUCAAGAGCUUUCCGUGACCAUCCUUCCCUCUGUAAGGUGAUUGUGGUCGCCACCCUCAGCGGCGGAGGCCUUGUUGCUUAUGCUGAUGCAAAGACAUCAGCUGCUGCACCAAGUGUUGUUCAAUCUGAAGGUGAAAUCAAGAAAAAGAAGGUGGUUGUACUUGGAACUGGUUGGGCUGCAACAAGUUUCUUGAAGAACCUUAAAAAUUCCUCCUAUGAUGUUCACGUGAUAUCACCUCGUAAUUACUUUGCAUUCACUCCCUUGUUACCUAAUGUUACAACUGGUACAGUGGAGGCUCGUAGCAUUGUUGAACCCGUCCGUAACAUUGUCAGGAAGAAAAAUGUUGACGUAUCUUACUGGGAAGCCGAGUGUUUCAAAAUUGAUGCACAAAACAAAAGGGUCUAUUGCCGAUAUAAUCAAAGCGAUUUGGAUGGGAAAGAAGAAUUUCCAGUAGACUAUGACUACCUCGUGAUAGCUACGGGAGCCCGUGCUAACACUUUCAAUAUACCUGGUGUAGAGGAAAAUUGCCAUUUCUUGAAGGAAGUUGAAGAUGCUCAGAAGAUCCGCAGGGGUGUUAUUGAUUCUUUUGAGAGAGCAAGCCUACCAACUUUGAGCGAUGACGAGAGAAAGAAGAUUCUUCAUUUUGUGGUGGUUGGAGGUGGCCCUACUGGUGUGGAGUUUGCUGCCGAGCUUCAUGAUUUUGUCACUGAAGAUUUAGUUAAACUAUAUCCAAUGGUCAAAGAGUCGGUAAAGAUAACACUUCUGGAGGCAGCAGAUCAUAUUUUGAACAUGUUUGACAAGAGAAUCACAGAUUUCGCAGAGGAAAAAUUCAAAAGAGAUGGCAUUGAUGUGAAGUUAGGAGCGAUGGUUGUGAAAGUAUCUGAUAAAGAUAUAUCUACAAAGGUGAAGGGAAAUGGAGAAGUUUCUAAUAUACCAUAUGGAAUGAUAGUAUGGUCAACUGGCAUCGGAACUCGUCCUGUCAUAAUGGAUUUCAUGAAGCAAAUUGGUCAGGGCAAUAGGCGUGUUUUAGCAACUGACGAAUGGCUGCGGGUUUUGGGUCGUGAUAACAUCUACGCUCUUGGUGAUUGUGCAACGAUUAACCAGCGCAAAGUCAUGGAAGACAUCGCAGCCAUAUUUAGUAAGGCAGAUAAGGACAAUUCAGGAACUCUCACAGUAAAGGAGUUUCAAGAAGUCAUUGAUGACAUCUGUGAAAGAUAUCCUCAAGUGGCACUUUAUUUGGAGAACAAAAAGAUGCGGAAUAUUGUUGAUCUAUUAAAGAAGGCCAAAGCGGAUGUUGCAAAAGAAUCCAUUGAAUUGAACAUUGAAGAGUUUAAAAAAGCUCUUUCUGAGGUGGAUUCUCAGAUGAAGAAUCUUCCGCCUACUGCUCAGGUUGCAGCUCAGCAAGGUUCUUACCUUGCUGAUUGUUUUAAUCGUAUGGAAGUGUGUGAUGAAAACCCUGAAGGUCCUCUCAGGUUCAGGGAGUCAGGUCGGCACCGGUUUAAACCGUUUAGGUACCGGCAUUUGGGACAAUUUGCUCCGUUGGGAGGAGAACAAACGGCUGCACAACUUCCUUAUGAUUGGGUUAUAAUUGGUCACAGCUCACAGUGGCUCUGGUACUCAGCAUAUGCAAGCAAGCUAGUCAGCUGGCGCACAAGGACACUGGUGGUUUCAGACUGGAUCAGGCGUUUCAUAUUCGGGAGGGAUUCAAGUCGCAUAUGAAGCCAGAUUAAACGUCCUAGAGUUUCCGAUUGGAAAACAAACAUUACCAAUCCAUAUUUGUUCAACCAUCUACUCCAUUUUGGUCAAUUUUUUAAAGUUGAUUCUUUUUGGUAGAGUUCCUGGAGGGAAUAAUUAUUGUGGUCAUUCAACUCUUCAGUUUCUUGAGCAUCACCACAAAUUUUGGGAUUAAUGUCUUAUUUUGGUAUUCGGAGAGAAAAAUUGUCCCGGCUAUUAACAGCGUGUCGAGUCUUUGUUUGUAUGCUCAAGUGUUUUGGUUGCUUAAAUUAAAUGAUCCAUUUCUUGGAUGCACUCCCUAUCCUUAUUCCUGGUGGUUUUGCAUUUGCAACUCUAGUUCAAGAAAUGAUGCAUUGCUUGCGCGGCCGUCA